AUGUUCCGGGCAUUCAUCACCAUAACUUCAGGGGCUCAGUCCGAUCCUGAUGGAUUUCUCCAUGACCGCAAUUUGAUCCUUUCUAUGCCUGGCAAUCCAAGGGAAUAUCGAUCGCUCCUUGAUGGGAUGGAUGACAAGCACGUGGUGCAAGAUGAAACCCCGGAUCCUGUCCACAUUACCCAUUUCGCCAGCAUAUUAUCGCACAAAGUGCAUAUCUCUCCUGUAUUGAAUUCCCUUGCCCGCAGUCCUCUGAGAGAAACGCCCUUCAGUCAGGUCCGGGAGAUGGUCUUGACAAGGCCGGCUGGAUUCCAGAUGGUCGUGGAAGAUGUCGUUAUGCGAAAUGCACCUUUGGCAGAGCUGAGAUUACUCUUGAUGCCAUCUCUGGCUGUUCACUUUUCCAAACUCGUGUCCGUUGCGGCGUCUGCUCUCUGGCUGACCACCAGCAUCAAUGCCGCACCCACUCCGGUUGAAAAGGUGGAGGCGCUUCUCAAACGAGCCAUCACCAAGUGGGAAGAUUGUACAGACGACCAGAGAAAGAAAGGUGGUCAAGCGUUUGCCGAUGCUGCAACCAUCGCCCGCUGGACCUUCGACAAUAAGUUAAAAGAUGAGAAGGAGUAUAAAGACACCGAUGCAUACUCUCAUUAUUUCGUCGGCGAAGACUCGGAGACAAUCACUUCUAUGCUUGAUGACAUCCAACAAAACAACGAUCCGACCAACCCUGUCUUCCAAUUCAAGGUGUCCUGCAAAGCAACUGAUGACUGUGGCACCGGGGACACUGCGAGUCUGGCCAUCACAGACGCCCUUCCAAGAACAGACAACUUUAUGCCUACCAUUCGGCUCUGUCCCAAAUUUUUUGAUCCCAACACACGCGAAACCAAAAAUGAUCUCGACUCCAAAGAAUUCAAGAAGAACCCCGGGCGGCGCGAUAAAUCGUGGUGCCAGCCAGGCCAGAAGUUUGCCGACUUUGAAGUAGCAGGCCUUACAGUCCUUCACGAGAUGACCCACCUGUACUUUGCAGCAUCCCCUAUUCAGCUGCCGAUCAGGUCUUCUAGCAGCACUGGGCUCACUUCUGCACUGUCAGAACCUGCUAGUCCAACUUCGCAUUCAGACGUCAGCAAUGACAGUCCAUCCACUAUGCCGGUCAAUAUUCCUACGACAUAUCCCGAUUCGCCUUUCCAUGCAACAAUCGAAAACGACUUGUUAGGCGACAAAAUCAUCUAUCAUAGCAUCGGUAUGAUGCCAGCUUACUCGAGUUGCUCUUUCGAGGAAGUGCGGCUGGCAGACUAUGACAAAGGUAGUUUAGCAAGCCAGCGCGCAAAUGGUGUGGCUCAACAAGCUCCUUUUGGCUCCGGAGGAAACGCCUUUGGUCCACAACCCUCUACGGCACCUGUUGGGACGGAAAGGGACGACCCUCUCGACGAUGCCAGCCCAGGUGGAACUGCUACUGGGCAGGUCGCUUCAAGUGUCAGUAUGCCAAAUAAAUCAGACCCUUUGACCACCACGAAUGGAAAUCCAUUUCUACCUGUCAAGCUGUUAAAAUACCAAGAUGAUGAAACCGUCAAAGUAUUCGUGGGAUCGACAAAGGCUUCUUUCAACAUUCACAAAAACAUGGUUUGCAAGAUUUCCCCAUUUUUCCAGGGCGCCUGCAAUAGCUUGUUCAAAGAAGCUCUGAGUGGUGAGAUCUACCUUCCCGAGGCAGAUCCUCAGGCGUUCGACAUCUUCAUGGAUUGGAUGUAUACAAGACUCAUCAACUUCCCAGGUCAUCCUCCAAAGAAAGAAUCCAUUAGAGAAACUAAAGCGUGGUGGAUUCUAGCAGCAAAGAUGUAUGUUCUUGCUCAAUACCUCCAAUGUACAACUUUUGGAAACGCGGUGAUAGAUCUCAUUUGCCGCAGCCUCACCACUGAGCACAUACUUAGGGGUCCACAUAAUGACGUGAUCGAUCUUGUCUACAACUCUACCAUUGGCGACUGUGGACUCCGAAAACUUCUCGUUGCAAUGAGCGUCUGGUGGACAUCUUCAGAUCGCUGGAAAGAGGGGAAGGAUUGGAAGACCUUCCUGGAAGGCUUACCGGCCGAAUACUCUCAUGAUCUGGUUUUCCAGCUGCAACGAAGAAAUCACAAACUGGACCAGGAUCCGUUUGUCAACGAAGAGACGUGCCAAGUUUUUAGGGAUGCAGAGCUCGGAUGGCAAGCUAUCAAAGGGUAG